GAUCCCACAGCCUCACCUGAGUCAUUGCCAGACUCAGCGGGUCAGGUGGGAAUGCAGCAAGCAGGGCUUACCCUCAUGGCUGUGGCUGUAUGUGUGGCUUUUCGAACCUCAGAAGCCAUACUUCCCAUAGCCGCCAGCUGUUGCACUGAAUUGUCUCAUCAUGUUUCCAGAAGACUUCUGGAAAGAGUGAAUUCGUGCAGCAUCCAGAGAGCUGAUGGGGACUGUGACCUGGCUGCUGUCAUCCUUCAUGUUAAACGUAGAAGAAUCUGUGUCAGCCCGCACAACCGUACUUUGAAGCAGUGGAUGAGAGCCUCAGAGGUAAAGAAGAAUGGCAAAGAAAACCUCUGCCCCAGAAAGAAACAACUCAGCAGGACGGACAGAAAAGGGAGCACCCCUAGAAAGCAUGGAACACGCGGAUCACACGGCCACGAAGCCCCUCGGUAGAACAGACAUGGGAACCUACAGUAAACUCAAGUGCACCGGCUCAUAGUUGGUUAUAAAUUUCUCAGCUGAAUCUUCCUUAUUGACACCUAAUGGUACUUUGUUUUGUUUUGUUAAUGAAUAAUUGCAGCUAGGGGUGGAAGCAUUUGGGAAGCACUUGGGUAGGCUCAAUCCCAGCACCAAAAGCAAAACAAAUAAAACUGUGCAUAUGAAACCAAUAUAGUUAACUUAAAAACUAUACAAAAUCCAUAUAUAUAUAUAUACAAAUUUUAACUAUACAGAA